UGAACCUUUAUUCUUUAUCAGCAUAAAUUAUUAAGGAGUAAAUUAUUUAUAAUGAGAAUUAAUUAGGUAACUGUUGAAUGGAUUCAAUCAUGACAAAUGUUUGUCGGGCUUGUUUGACUAUAGUUCAAUCUAUAGAUCACGUCUUAUUUAAAAAUGUAUCUCCAUACCUAUUUUGGUUCUGCACUUCCAUUCAGGUCACAUCAGAAGAGAAUUUACCUCAUUCUUUGUGCCCACAAUGUUUCAAUCUACUAACAAAGUUUGCAGAGUUCAAACAAAAAUGUAUAGAAUCACAAAACCAUCUAUCACAAGUAAAUAUUGUUAAAAAUGAUGUGAAAACUGACAAGGCAAUUGAGGAAAUAGUAAAGGAUGUACCUUAUGAAGAAAAUGCUAUACCAGAAAAUGAUAAUACUUUCGCUUAUAUUAAGAAUGAGGAUUUAGAAAGUAAUGGAAACUCAGAUAAAGAAUUUAACUUUGGUGAAGAAACUUAUGAAUCCAUAUUAAAUGAUAAACACCCCAAAGAGAGAAAUUGUGAUGUAUGCAGUAAAAAGUUCACAUCUACAAGAAAAUUGAAUAAACACAGGUUGUCACACAGGAAAGUUGAACCUCGGAAGAUACUUAACUGUAUUCCAUGCAGCAAGACAUUCCUCACAUUGAGUGGGUACCGUCGUCAUCAAGUAAACUGUCACCGCUGGAUAAAAUUAAGCAGUGUUAAAUGUCGAGUGUGUGGUAAAAUUACUAAAAGUAAGGAGACACUUAAGGCGCAUGAAAAACUGCAUGAGAAUAAAGCGGUGUUUGUGUGCCAUGUGUGUGGGAAGCCUUGUUCCAGCAGUUGUUUAUUGAAGGUCCACCUUGAAGUCCAUAAGGAGAACCGAGAAAGGUGCUUUACUUGUGAACACUGCGGGAAGAAGUUCUUUACAAAAAGAACCCUGAAAACUCAUGUCGCCAAAUGCCACUCAGAUAGACGGUACAUUUGCCAAAUAUGCAACUAUCCAUUUACGGACAAGUAUAAUCUGUCCAAACACAUGCUAAUACAUGAAGGUAUUAAGUUAUACAAGUGUGAAGUGUGCGCUAAAUCAUUUUCAACAAGGUCUACUCUAGUGGAACACCAAAGGAUUCACUCAGGAGAGCGGCCAUAUAGCUGUAUGUAUUGUCCGAAGAAUUUCUUAUCGAAGCGAAGACUAACAGAUCAUCAUAGAAUACACACAGGGGAACGGUUGCAUAAGUGUAGUGUUUGUGAGCAAAGUUUUACUCAGAGAGGAACAUUGAAACGUCAUAUGAAGGUGCAUGAUAAGAUUUUACCUGUUAUGUAAGGCAUUGUUGUAAAAUCUUUGGAUUGUUGGAGGCUUUUCACAUUUUAUUUCUAAAUAUGCCGUAUAACAUCUCAGUACCCAUGAUUUCUUUCUCUAGUCAAAUAAGUAACUAUUAUAAAUAGCUAAGACACUCUUUUCUGUAUAGAAACAAAAGCAAAAACAAAAAAGAAGACAUGCUAUAGCUAGAUUGAUGUUCAGUUAGGUAGAAUUUGUAACUCACAUAACGUAAUAGCCUGUCAUCUCAUACUAAAACCAUAAACUUAGUGAGAUAACUAUCCUUACGGAAAAACCGAGGUGUGAGAAACAGACGGAAUACCAUGAAACCGUUUUGAAACAAUUUAGUGUCCAUUAGUCUCCUGUCAAAUUGGACCCCAUUUUAAUUUUUGUUUUUAUCGUUAUUGUUCUGUGUUUUAAUGGAUAAAUUUUAAUUAAAAAUAUAAUGGUGUCGUGUUCUGUAUCAGAUUGUGUUGUUACAUAAUAGAGCAACAAUCAAACCAAAGAAACAUUUCACAGGUAAAUACCGACUCUUCAAUACUACUUUCAUGCAAUAAAAUAUUACAUUUUACAUACAUAGUCAACUAUUUUCUAAAGAUUAUAUUAAUUUAAAAAAAUAUGUGUUAGAAAAUAAAAUAUUGUAUACGUGAAUAUGAUGCUGUUUAUCAAUAUUUGUCAUAGUAUUUUUUUUAUUGACACACUUUUACACUUAUUAUCUUGUCCCAUUCUAGGCAUAGCCUGUAAUAUGGGUACAAGACAACAAUAUAUUUAAUACAAUAUACUUACAUAAACAUACAUAUAAACUUCCAUGACUCGGAAACAAACAUCUAUAUUCAUCAUAUGAUUGCACCUACCGGGAUUCGAACCCGGUACCUCUAGCUUAGUAGUCAGUGUCACUAACCAUUCGGCUAUAUGGAUAGGGAUUGACUAAAAGCAAAAUACUACACACUCAACUAACUCACUAACGCAUCUGUAAAUUUAGUCUCGCCGCAACGAGGAGAGUAUUUGUCUAUUACGCUAGUAUACUAAGUUUAUGAGUAAAACUGAUCGCUGACACAUAACAGAUCAGUAAAAUAUAAUGGCUCUUUUCCAUUUAUUUUCCACGAUUAUAACAGAUUAUCCUAUACACUCAGAAUGAUGAGUUUUAACUCUUUUUUUCCCCACUCCUUUAUUGUCGAUAUGAGUGAUCAAGGCUGCAAUGCAAAAUCAAGUGUUCUAGUUAUCAUUUAUUAUCUAUAUUUAAUAAUAUUAAAAUACUAUCAACAAUGUCAAAUGAACUGAAGUACCAUUUCAGUACAAGAGGUAUAACAGGUGCUUCCAAAUUUCGAUUAAUGUUAAUGAUAUUGUUAAUGUUGUAGAAAGGGAAGCAAGGUUUUUAUGAAUAUCUUUGAGAAGUCUAACUGCUUAAUAUUAGUGCAGUCAUUUUUUAUUAAAAUAUUUGACAUUUCAUUAAAGAGAUUUUCUAUAAGUAAAGAAACUGUCUUUAAAAUUCACAAUUAGCUUAUACAUAACACACGCGUAGAACUACUUAACCGUGAUCAUUAAAAAGUAUUCAAAAAUAAAAUACAUAAUUCACCAAAAUAAAUCAAUUUUCCAUUAUAUCAUUUCGGAACAACCUGUAAGGAAUCUAGUAGCCGUGCGCUAGCGUAGACUACGUAUUGCUUAAGUAUUGAUACGUCCUACUUCGUAUCGUCUUCUGCGACACCACGCAAGGUGAUUAAAAUUUUGUUUCCUAAAUAUAUAAUUUGUUUGUUUGAUAAUUUCUAAAUUUCAAUUAUUUACUUAAAAUUUUAGAAUUAUUUUUUUAUGAUUUAGCUUAGCUAGCUUAGCUAUUUAGGUAGCUCUACCCCUGUUUUCAUUUAGGUACCUAAUGACGACAAUAUAGCCACACGCUGUAUAAUAAUCAAACAUAAACCUAAAUGAUAUUAAAUUUAUUGUAUUGCAGAAAAAAUCUUGGCUGCUGCUUUACACAUUUACUAGUUUGAAGGAAACAUUUCCAUUCAAGAUCUCAAUGAAAUGGUGAAAAAAAAAUGUAAUUUAUCUUUAUAUGAGAAUGCUGUGUAUAUUUGUAGGCAUAUUUAAAAUGGCAAAGUUUAAAUAUUAUAUUAUUGUCAGCCUAGCGAAACUCUCUAACUAACGUGCAGUCAUUGAUAGAUUGACAGAUGACGGCUAUAAUCUUGUCAAAAAUGGAGAUAGCCGAAAUCCACUACGUUUUAAGCAUAUGUUUGCUUUCAAACUUAGCCGGAUUAUACUUCGUCGCCACAUUGGAAUUACUUUUUUUUUUAUGAAAUAGGAGGACAAACGAGCGUACGGGUCACCUCACCACACCAGAGGAAUCACAAGAGCGUUGCCGGCCUUUAAGGAAGGUGUACGCGCUUUUUUUGAAGGUACCCAUGUCGUAUCGUCCCGGAAACACCGCACAAGGAAGCUUUGUAGUACGAGGGAGAAAGUUUCUUGAAAACCGCACUGUGGAGGACCGCCACACAUGCAGAUGGUGGGGAUGAUAUCCUAACUUGUGGCGUGUCGUGCGAAGGUGGAAUUCGGCUGCAGGAAUCAGGUUAAACAGCUCUUCGGAACACUCCCCGUGAUAAAUGCGGUAGAAGACACACAAUGAAGCGACGUCUCUACGCAACGCCAAGUGAUCCAGCCGUUCACAGAGCACUGGGUCCGCGACAAUUCGAGCUGCUCUGCGUUGCACGCGGUCAAAUGCUACGAGCUGAUACUGGGGUGCGCCAGACCAGAGAUGACAGCAAUACUCCAUGUGUGGCCGGACCUGCGCUUUGUAGAGUGCUAGUAUGUGUGUCGGCUUGAAGUAUUGCCGUGCUCUAUUAAUGACCCCCAGCUUCUUCGAAGCCAAUUUACUAUUUCAAACUUAUGUCAAAUGACUGCACGUGUCAUACUAAACUAAAUUUAAAUUUUUAUUUAGGCAGUCGCCCCUCUUAUUUAAGUAGUAUUUUCAACCUCUUUGAUUAUUGUCAAUGUGCUGAUGUGAAUUGCUGUAAGUAUAGCCAAAUAAAUAAGGUAUUAAAUAAAAAUUGUUUCUGUCAAUAAUAAUUUGACCAAGUAAAGCUAAAAGUUGUUUAUGAUGUUACUUAAAAUUAUAUCUAUUAUUAACUUCUCACUCAUUAUGGAAGGUGACCUUGCAUUUACUUAUAAGCUUAGAGUGAAUGACUAUGGAAACGCUUUGGAUAUCUUAUACACAUAUCCCAUUUCCUAUUGGAUGAUCUGUUUGGAAUUGUGAAAAAAAAUUGAAAGCAUGAAUUAUAAAUACAUUAAUCUUUAAUUUAUAUUAUAAAUUAUUUAUUUUAAAGUUGUAUUAUUAGACUGAAAUAAAAUACUCAAUAUAUU